UUAUUUUUAAGUGGAAUGUUGUCGCGGUUGCAUGGUUGAACGGGUCUGAUUCGCGAUCCUUAAACCCUUUUAUAACCGAGUACGGUGAACGUGAAAAGAUCGCGGUAUUUCUUCGAAUCCGACUAAAUUCUCCAUCCAAUAAUUAUUUUCCCGCGACUAUAUAAAGUGCAAGACCACACCAAUCCAUCCAAAUUACUUAUCCGCGACACUUAACCAUUAAAUAGAAGACUGUUGUGCAAUCGAGUGAAGUCUGAAAUUCAAAAUAGGCAACAAAAAUGUUAUGGUGUCCGUCAGUUCUAGUGCCAGUUAUAGCUGUGGUCGCCUGUCUUCCUGUCCUGGCCAUUGGAACGCCUCUCGAAUGGGAAUUUGCGAUCACUUUGAAGUCGAAAAUCCUGUUCGUAGAUGAAUUCUGGCGCACUUUGGCCUCGGCAGCCCACGAGUUUGAUGAACUCUCCGCCCUGACCUUUGACGAAACGGAGGAGCUCAUAUACUUCCACGAUCGACUGCACCAGAAUGGCAGCAUAUUCUCGCUGCGAAGAGACGCACUGAUGGCCUCCCACAUAGCCGAGCAGGCAAUACAGCGCACGGGAAAUGAAUCUGUGGGAGGAUUGGCCUACGAUCCGCUCAAUAGGAACCUCUUCUGGUCAGACACGCUGCAGAAGAAGAUCUACUUUGCCUCAAUCGAUAGCAAGGUAACGGAGGAGCCCAAAGUGCUGGUGGAUCUUAGCCAGGAGGGUGCACGGCCCGAUGGUGUGGCCGUGGAUGUGUGCCGCAGGAAGCUCUACUGGACGAACUCCAACAUCACGCAUCCAACGGUGGAGAGCAUCGAUUUGGCUGGCACCAACCGUCAGGUGAUCAUCGACACGGACAUUGAUAUGCCGCGUGGCAUUGUGGUGGACCAACUGUCGGAUCGCAUCUACUGGAUCGAUGACCUGAAGGGCGUGUUCUUUGCGCUGAAAAGUGCGCGAUUGGAUGGCUCCGAUCGGCAGUUGGUGCUGCACGACAAGCACCACGAACCCCUCAACCUUGCGGUGACCAAUGACGCCAUCUACUGGACGGACAAGACCACCAAGGCAGUGUGGAGCCAUCCAAAGGUGCCCAUUGUCAAGGCCACUACUACCACGAGUCCGGUUAAGGCAGAGGAAGAAGAUACGGCCACGGAGACAAUCGCAGACAUUGAACCAGAGCCCGUGGCAGAAGUCUCCGCACUCGUUCGCGUGGCCAAUCUCAGCGAGGAGGCGCGUGGCAUUGUGGCACGCACUGGAUUCUAUCAGCGACUGCAGAAGGAUGAACAUUGCUCCAAUGUGGUGCGAAAGAUCAAGGAGCGACUCGAUCAGAUGGCCAAGAAAAAGCAAAUGCGCAGCCUGGUGGACGAGAAGGUGGCCCAACUGGAGCGCGAACAUUGCCUGAACGGAGGCACCUACAUUGCCGAUCGGGUGCUGUGCAUCUGCCCGACGGGCUACAAGGGCUCGCGCUGUGAGAUUCGCGAGUGCCACAACUUUUGUGUGCAUGGCACCUGCGAGAUCAGUGAUCGAGCGUAUCCCAAAUGCUACUGCCAGCCGGGAUUCUCGGGCGAGCGUUGCGAGAUCAGCAAAUGCUCGGGACUGUGCCUUAAUGGCGGCCACUGCAAGCUGGAGGACAUCUCUGAGAAGCCCAGCUGCGAGUGUCCCCAUAACUUUGCCGGAGAGCGAUGCGAGCAAAACUCAACGGAGAUCUGUGCGUUGUUCUGUCGCCUGCUGAAGCAUGAGGCGGAUAUCUAUGUGCCCUUUGGCUGCCACGAUAUCUGCGAGGAACUGGCCAAGGAUGCAAGCGAUAAGAUUGCCAUACCGCAGUAUCAGCAUCUGGAGGUGUGCAUGACACCCAGUCCAUGGACCAGCAAUGUGAUCAUUGUCCUCGUUGUGGGCAUAGUCUCAUGCUUCUUCCUGGUGGCCGUCAUAGUCCAUGGCUUCCGUCGUUUGUACAAACCGAAGAGGCCACGCAUCAAAAAGACAUUUGUGUAUCGAAAUCCGGCGCGCGCAAACUCCUCUGGUGACACACCGCUGACCAAUCGCCCGCUGGCCACAGAACAGUGCGAGAUUACGAUAGAGAACUGCUGCAACAUGAAUAUCUGCGAGACGCCUUGUUUCGAUCCUAAGCUGGUGGAGCAGAAGCUGGCCAAGUCCUCCAAUUGCAAGGAGGACAAGAAGAUACUAAUCCAAAACAUGGACGAUGAUCUAUACUAAAGAGAGGGGCCGGCCCAACAAGAGCCGGCUCUAUCAAAACUGAACCUUGUGAUAGUCGAUGUCGAGUGCGGUGUUUGGUAUUCGAGCUUGAAAAGCUGCUGCCCGCCCGGCUCUCGGCCCCGUUUGCCCUCAAGGUGCACCAUUCAGAGAACACCAGAGAAGCCACCCCACCCAGAGAAGACGCUGGUGGUGGUAUUAAAACACUUAACACUCGCCAAAACCAUUUACUUAAACCGAAAGCAACAUGUGUACUUAGCAGAUCUUCCGAUCGUAGAACUGCUGUGGUCUCUCGUUAAUUUAUUUUAGUGAAUCAUUUUUCAUUCUAGGGUUUUAUUACAAUUAGUAGGAUUUUUAGCUCAAAGUCGAGAGAGAAACCAAUUUAAAUUCGUUUCGUUUUAAUUCUGUUCAUUAAUUUUUGGUUUUUAUAUGAAAUUUGCUAUGAAAAUGAUGAAAGUCGGGAGUGACCGACAUAAGCUUUAACAUGGAAUAAACACACGGAAAACAAAGAACUGUAGAAUUAGGAAGAAAGAAGCAAUCACGAAAGCACACGCACAACUCUCGCGACAGAGAUAACGCCCAUCUCCAUUGUGAUUUAUCAAAACAAAACAACGCUGAAAACUGGUAUAAAUAAUGGUGUAAUAGUUAAAAUUAUUCAUUAAAGAAGUUCCUGUUCCAUUUUAAAAACAUCUAUUUUCGCCGUCUCAUGCCCCCUACCCCACAUAUGCCAUAGCUUGCCCUUCUCACCAUGCUAACUCUGAGCCUCUUCCCCAAUCCUCUCCAGCACAAACCCAUAUUUCGGCAAUGAGGCUCUACCGCAGGGCAACAAAGACGAAGAGAGUUGUAAAUAUUAAAUAAUAGUUUAAUUUUAGUUGUAGUCCUUAAGCAACAGGGUUGAAUAAAUAAAAUCAAAAACUA